GCGGGCGGCGCCUGCGGCGGGCGGAGGGAGUUUCCAGGAAGGGGCCAUAUUGGAUCCAUUCAGCCGCAGCCACUCGCGGCGGGCAGCGACAGCAGCGCUGCUGCCGCCGGAGCGCACCAGCCCCGGCCAUGGCCGCCACCGACCUGGAGCGCUUCUCGAAUGAAGAGAAGAGGAGCCUUUCGCUGGGGGGCCAUGUGGGCUUCGACAGCCUCCCCGAUCAGCUGGUCAGCAAGUCUGUCACACAAGGCUUCAGCUUCAACAUCCUCUGUGUGGGUGAGACUGGCAUUGGGAAAUCCACGCUGAUGAACACCCUCUUCAACACCACGUUUGAGACAGAGGAGGCCAGCCACUACGAGAGCGCGGUGCGCCUGCGGCCGCGCACCUACGACCUGCAGGAGAGCAACGUGCACCUCAAGCUGACCAUCGUGGAUGCCGUUGGAUUUGGGGAUCAGAUAAAUAAAGACGAAAGUUACAGGCCAAUCGUAGAGUACAUUGAUACGCAGUUUGAAAACUAUUUGCAAGAAGAGCUGAAAAUCCGCCGGUCUCUCUUCAACUACCACGACACGAGGAUCCACGUCUGCCUCUACUUCAUCACCCCCACUGGGCACUCGCUCAAGUCCUUGGACCUGGUGACAAUGAAGAAGCUGGACAGCAAGGUGAACAUCAUCCCAAUCAUUGCCAAGGCAGACACCAUCUCCAAGAGUGAGCUGCACAAGUUCAAGAUCAAGAUCAUGAGCGAGCUGGUCAGCAAUGGAGUGCAGAUCUAUCAGUUCCCCACGGACGAUGAAGCGGUGGCUGAGAUCAACUCUGUGAUGAAUGCUCAUCUGCCCUUCGCUGUGGUCGGCAGCACGGAGGAGGUGAAAGUUGGGAACAAGCUGGUGCGAGCUCGGCAGUACCCGUGGGGAGUGGUGCAAGUGGAGAACGAGAGCCACUGUGACUUUGUGAAGCUGCGGGAGAUGCUGAUCCGGGUGAACAUGGAGGACCUGCGGGAGCAGACGCACACCCGCCACUACGAGCUCUACCGCCGCUGCAAGCUGGAGGAGAUGGGCUUCAAGGACACCGACCCGGACAGCCAGCCCUUCAGCCUCCAAGAAACAUACGAGACCAAAAGGAAAGAGUUCUUGGGUGAGCUCCAGAGGAAAGAGGAAGAAAUGAGACAAAUGUUUGUUAACAAAGUCAAGGAGACAGAGGCAGAGCUGAAGGAGAAGGAGAGAGAGCUGCAUGAGAAGUUUGAGCACUUGAAAAGGAUACACCAGGAAGAGAAAAGGAAGGUGGAGGAGAAAAGGAGAGAGCUGGAGGAAGAGAUGAACAUGUUCAACAGGCGGAAAGUCGCGGUGGAAACCUUGCAGUCCCACUCCUUGCAGGCUACCUCACAGCAGCCACUGAAGAAGGACAAAGACAAGAAAAAUUAAUCACACACAGACUUUCAGGCCAAGAGUGGACUUGGUGCUUUCAUGUGUUAAGUUGCUUGAGUUUCCCACCCUGAGUGACCCUUCUCAUAACAUUGUGUGAGUGGACCAAAGUGAAAAUGAGCAUCUCCGGUGGUUGCACUGUUCCAGCCUGCUGUUUUCUUUUCAGAAUUAUCAGGAGCUUUGCAGGAAGCAACCUUACAUGUACAUUUUGUUAAACAAAGCCAACUAAUCCCUCAAGUAAGAUGUUUUGUUCUAAACCCAGCUCAAUCAGCAGCCGUGUAUGAAGUGACCGUAACUGAACUCGUCUUACCCACCAGCUAAAAUAAUUGCUUUCUACAUUUUUUUUGUUUUUUUAAUUGGCCAAGGUGACUGCUGGAGGCUCAUUGACCUCCCCUGUACAUGCACAGUGAGAGGAGUGGUCUGAAGAAUGCUGAAAUGUUUGUUUUUCUAACAAAAUUCUCAAGUCAGUUUUUAGAAUGGGUAGAAAAACACAACAUUUGGGCUUUCUGCAGGAAGCUUAGUCAGAGUAACCCUCAUUCCAGUAAUUCUGUAUUAAUUCCUGAAUUACUCUAAACACUAUCUACAUCAUUUAUUAUAUAUAUAUAUAUAUAAAGAGAGAGAGAGUGGUUAAUAAAAUUAAUGGGACAAUGUUUUGAAUUUUCUUUACUGCUAAAGUAGAACAUUUAUAGAGAGGUUUUUCAUAAGAGUUUGUUGUAUAAAGUGGAACUACAGGAUUUGUGUAACAUUUCAGUUGUCACUUACCAAAGUAUUUACUGUUUUGGAAACUAUUUAAGCCAACAUCUUUUCUUUUACUCUUUAACCUUAAACCUAACAUGUGCCUAAUAAGGAAAAUCCCCUGCUCUUGAGCUGUAUUUAUGCUGACAGGCUCUGUUCCUUUUAGAAGGUGCUACUUUUGACAACUCCUCAUGCCUAGAAAUCACAGCCUUGUUUUCCUGGGCAACUGAGCUUAGAGGAAUAACUAGGAUCAAUAUUAAUUUUUUCCACUCAAGCUAUUUUGUGAAUAGGCAGGGCAAUAACUGAACAGAGAGUUACUAGCUGUGUUGUCAUGGAAAAAUAGUUGGACCCAAUUCCAUCCAUCCAUCCAUCAGAUCCUAGGCUAAAUGAAAGGAAAUAUUUUAUAUUAAGCCUCACAUAAUUAGAAUUAUGUCUUUAGAAUUUAUAAAAACACUGGCUGGCUAAGUGUUAGUUGUGAGUGUGUGUGUUUUUAUUUAGUUAUUAAUGUUACAGGAUUUUUCUGAUUCGUUUUUUGUUAAAGACUUGUCUUUAGGCUAUCAGCAAAUUCCUGAUGUGCUGUGCAGAAGGAGAUGCAGGGCCUGGGUCUGAGCUGUCACAAGGCUGUUGCAGGGCAGCAUUUUGCUGGAUUCUGAGGUUCUUUAAUGCUCAUAUUCCAUUAAAGCAGCUUUUCUUCCCCCUUUUCUAAAUCCAUCUCAGGUGUUAAACUGUUUUCCAAUGGGCAUUGGCCUUUUCUGUGGAUAUGCUGCCAGUGUUGUUUGAUGCUUCUAGAAAGGAACCUCACAAAGAUCUCACUGGUACUUUUGGAACAGGCUUUUGUUGAAAGAAUAAAAAUUCUGCACUUGUUGGGAGUCUGCUGAAAGCUGGACAUUUAAUUUUUCAGGCUGUGCCUCCAGGUUAGAUGUAUUUGAAAGAGUAACUAUCAGCUGUUAGGAGGGUUAGUGUGGUUUUCUCAAACACGUUCAAGGGACCCAACCUUCUGUUACAUGCAAGAAGACAAUUCCACCUCAUUUCUGACUACAGACCAAUCAUGUAGCAAAUUCUUUUUUAUUAAUCUUUUGCUAAUGAGAGAAACUGUGCUGCACUAAUUGCCUGAGCAAGCAAUGCUCUUUGGUCCAUUGUUCUGCUUCCCAAGGCCAGUGCUGGGAUUAAACAGUAACUGGUGGUACUGGUGUGCACCCAGCUGCCUCCCCAGUGUGUUCCCAGUCAACAGCUCUCUCCUGACCUCGUGCUGCAGCCAGCAAGAUCUAUGCAAAUGAUUUCUCUCUGCCCUGGCUCAUCAGAGAUCAAUUAUUUUUUCCUAGAAUAACAGGUAGUUAAGAAUUAUUAUUAUAACAAAGAGUAAAAGUCUUCAAAUCCAUGGGCAUUGUGGAGAAAUUUACAGCAUUUUCUGAAGAAGACAUUCAGAAUGUAUGUAACAAUAUUUUCAUGAUGAUGAUUAUUAUAUUACUUUGACUUUAUGUUGUGAUGGGCAUCCCUUGUCCUUGUAGUUGCUUGUUCAACAUCAUGAUCUCCCCAAGGGGACUCAGUCAUAAUUUUUUCCCCAAGUACUUGGUUUUUUUCUUUUGGCUGAGACAAGAUUUAAGUAUUGUGGUAGGGUAGUUCUGUGUCUUAUUUUCAUUUAACAAAUUACAAAUAUGUUGUUAUGCUACUCUCACUCAGUCUGAAGACUUAAAAUCUUGUAGGCUAGAAAAAGUGAAAGAAAUACCCUUCAGAAAUGAUUGAAACCAUCCAGUUACACAUCUUUCAGCUGUUUUAUAUAUUUAUCUGUAAAAGAUUGGUAUUAAUGGGAAAAAACUAUCCAUUUUUUAUCAUUUAAACAUUUACCAUCCUGUAUGUUGUCUGCUUUCUAAAUUAAACUGUGUUUGGUGGGUCUCUGGAGGGGGGUCUGGCUGAGGUGGCUGCCCCAGGGGUGUAGCUGGGGGUGGUUUGGAGCUGUGGAGGCACCCUGGGGACCUGUGUGGGGGACACAGCCCUCUGGGACAUGCUGCAUCCCUUUGCUUUGUCAUUCCCAGAGUGCUGGGGUUUGUGGGUUGUUUGUGGUUUUUUUCUUUCUUUUCUUUCCACUCACUUUGUACUUUUUUUCUUUUAUUAAAUCUCACAUGUAUUUUGA